ACGAGGAAUAAUAAGUGCGAACAGGUUUCUAGUACCAGUUUUCUGGCAACUGUACAUUACUCUUUUGCAUUCAGUCAGAUCAAUACUAUUUGAUAUUUAAUCCGUAAUUCAUUACACGGUCGUACAAUAUGCACGUUCGUUUAUACACAAUGCUGGCCUACGUGUUACGUGCGACAAAAAGUAUACCAUCGAUUGUUUUCAAUAAUAAUCAAAUGGAUUGUUCCUACGCCCAGUAAACGAUAAUAAUCGUUGUCACGCACCCCUUAAACGAUUCAUGUCAAAUAGGCUGACGUGCUAAUUACAAACUUGUUUAAGAACAAAACGACUUCAUUUUUAUUAUGCAAUUGUUCUACCAUAACUUGAACAAGACUAACAGCGAAUAUUGAGAAUAACAAAUAUUCUGAAAAAAUACUGCAGCAAAGCACCACAGCACCGUACGAAUGAAGAGACUGCACCUAGCAGACGACACGGCAUUUGAAGAAAGGGUGAUCGGAGUAUUGUCUUUACCCACAUAGGAUUAGUAGGCUACCAGCCGAUUUGCGAUUUGAUGUGAUUCGUAUGUUUUCUGACGUGUGUGACGUCUAACCCAGAAGUAGAGAGAUGUACACAACCAUUGUCACCUUUAAUUCUAGUUUCAGGUGCCUGAACCGAGUGUCGUCAUAGAUCCUGUUGGAAUCUAGAAUACCCGUGGAUCAAACAGUUACCGAUACAGAACCUCCUUGGUCGUCAUGACGUGGUUCAACCAGUUCAACCAGAUUACAUCUCAUGUGCAAAACUUUGCCCGUGAUGUUUUCGAUCAGGAUGGCAAUUACAAUUCUGGCCAGUCGUCCAAUCAGGAAGGGAAUUCGGCAUCAGCAGCGGAAACCAUCGAGUCACUUAGACAGGAAAAAACUCGUUUAGAAGACUCGCUUCUUCAGCUCGACCAACAAUACCAAGAAGAGAUGAGCAAAGUUAUAUUAAUCAAGGACGAACUUCAAAACAAGCUCAAGCGAGCUGAAGGCGAACUCGAACAAUAUCGAAAAGGUGUUACGCCAAUGGCUCCUGCGGCUGUUCACGAGGUUAGCCUCGACGACUGGGGUGAUGAUUGGGGCGAUGGUGGAACUCCGCCAGUUGUGUUCUCUGCAAGGAGUAGCGGGGAUCCGAGCCCACUCACAGCCGUGGGCUCAUCUGCCGCCAAACUGGACGAAACUGCCCAUGAACUUCUCGAAUUGCGAUCAUCUCUGGAAGAGGCGCAACGACAGCUUGAAGCUGGCCAAGGUAUCAAACUAGAGUUUGAAAAGCUGAAACACGAAAACAACACGCUGAAAAAUCGGCUGGAGGCUCUGGAACAGGAAAAUGAGAAUCUCGAAGCGGAACUCGAAGGAAUUCGUUCAGAGGAGGCUGUUACUAGCGGUGGUAGUGUUUCCUCAGCGAAGAAGUACGAGACGUUUUGUAAAGAGGUUGUAUCGGUUUUGCUGGGAGAUGCUGAACUAAGUGACGAGAAACUGUCUGAAGCGCGGGUCGGCCUGAGCGAUCUUUCUGAUAAGGUGCAACGAUUUGAGCACAGUACAAACACAGUAGUUAAAAAUCUCGAACUAAUUGCAGAUCAGAAAAAGACAAUACUAACCGAGAAAAUAGCCCUCGAAGAUGAGCUGCGUUCGCUUCGGAAUGUCAACGAGGAGUUGAAGACUAUCCAGGGGCAACUGAAGAAGGCUACAACGGAUCGUGAAGCAAUAGCCGCUAAGCUAGAGAAAGCUAAAACAAGUGAAGCUAUGCUUAUACAACAAAUCGCUGAGCUGAAUGCCCGGGAGCGUGUAGCCGAUGUCUCGAAUCACAUGGAAGUACAAACCGAGGCCGAGAAGAGGAUCACCUUAAUGAAGCAACAACUUGAAUGUGAGCAAGCUGCGGUUCAGGAGCUACAGGCUGAGCUCGAAAAGGUACGAGCGUCCGCUGCCAACAGUGUCGAAGCAAUUGAGCACGAACUCACGGCGAACAAAGAGGCAUUAGUUGAACUAAAGCAGUCGCUUGCCGAAUCCCUUUCUCAACUUGAAGUUGCUGCGGCCCGCGAAGCGUCGCUGACGCAAGAACUCCAAAAUAUCCAGGUUCUUUUAGCUGACCUUCAAAAAGAGAGUAUCAGCGGUCACGACGAGGCCGCCGUUCUUCUCAAGACAACCCGUCAACAGGAGAGUAAGAUUUUGCAAUUGACUGGCGAGUUACAGCUGCUUCGUGUCGAUGAAUCAAAGCAUAUACAACGAGCAGAGGAACUUGAAAAGCAGGUAGAGGCGCUAAGUCAAGCUACUUUAGCUUCAGUAAAUAGCCAGGAAAUGGACGAAGAAAUGGCAAACCUUCGUCAGAGACUAGAAACUAGCGAACAGGAAUUAGAGCUGUUGCGACAUAGCCGAGACAGUGUAGUAAGCGAGUUAGAAGCAGCCAAACAUGAGUUGGAUAUGUGUCAACAGAAGCUAGUUCAAAUACAAAUGGAAUCUGGUCAGGGACAUUCGAGUACGACGGAACAGAUAACAACGUACUCGAAGCAACUUGAGGCUGCCGAAUCUGAACGGCAGGAAAGCGCUAAUAAAUUGGCGAAUGCGCAGAGGGAGCUUGAAGCGCUGCAGGUAGUACGGCAAGCCCUGGAGAAGGGUAUGCAGCAGCUCAGUACCGAGAAAGAACAAAUGAUUGCGGUUGUGAGCGACAAGGCUCGAGAAAACAAUGAUUUGAAAGGACGGCUCGACGGCCUGAUGAGCGCCUUGGCUAACGAGAAACAGCUUACGAUUCAGUUGCAACAGCAACUCCAACAGACGCAGGGAGAGGUACAGCGACUGCAGCAGGCGCCCGCAGAGCCUCAAGCAGCCACGCCUCUACUGACAGACAAGAUUGCCGCACUGGAAGGUGAGCAGCAAACUCUUACACGCACAAUCCAGCACAAGGGACAAGAGAACGCCGAACUGAAACAACGUAUACAAAAGUUACUAGACAACGAAUCUCGUCUAAACGUCGAUGUGCAACGAUUGAGAGCGCAUCUGGCCAGUGAAGAUGAACGACAUACCAAAGAAAUACUUGCCCAUGAGCAUCGAAUAGCCAGCUUACAACAAAAGCUCAGUGAGUUUGAGGCAAAUGCGCGUUACACAGAUUCGAGUGUGCAGGCUGUCACCGCAGCGGCCUCUGAACGGGUCGAAAUCCUCGAAGCGGAACUGGAAACAGUUUCAUGUCAGCGGGACGAAGCCUUGGAGGAACUUAGUCAAAUGGAGGACCGCCUUCAGCAAAGUCAAACGAGCCUCGCUAGCCUUCAGGUUGUUCUCGAACAAAUGCAGAGGGAAGCUGACAACCAGAUUCGGACGGCAAAGAAACAGUACGAGGCAGAGCAAAAGCGCAAAAAUGAGCGAAUUCUCGAGUUGGAGGCCGCGGUCGCGGCAAAAGAAGAGACGCUGUCGAAUGUAUCGGAAACGGUGCAAGCUACACAGCGACUCUCUGAACAACUGGAACAAAAAAACUCCGAUUUGAGCAGACUUCAGCAGAAGCUAGCUGAAAGUGAUGAUCAGUUGCAAGCGGCGCUUAGCAAAUGUCGCAAGGCUGAAGGAGCUGAAGGUCAAGUAGAGAAGCAGUUGAUCAAGAACAUGUUACUCGGAUACUUCACGGCUCCGGCUGACAAAAAGAAUGAUGUCCUUCGAUGUAUUACCGGCUAUUUGGAAUUUAGUGAAGGUGAGGCUCGCAAAACUGGGCUGGGAAGUGGUCAAAGAGGAUUUCUCGGUAUUUUCGGUGGAGGUCAACAAUCAACCAGUUCCGGCAACGACCCGAAUGACUCGUUUACCAACCAGUUCAUUGCAUUUCUCGAAAAGGAGUCCAUGCCCAACGCCCCGCUCAAACUUCCCACUGAGCUUAAUGCAACGUCGCACCAAGACAGCCGUUUACGAAAGGUGAUUUCUUCAUCAUUACCGCCGGACCAGCAGCUGCCACGUCAGAUGGCUUCUUCCCCCUAUCGGCAUCCACCCACAGACAAUCCUUUAUUUAGCCAUCUGCCACAGCAGCAAAGUACAGUUUCAUCGACAGGCGACACCACUUCGAUGGUGACAUGGGCACCUUCGCUUGCGGGAAGCAGUAGGGAGUCUACCGCUUCUGAGCCUGAAAUGCUCCGCGAACUCCUCGGACAGGCCCCGUCUUCGUCGCUGUCAUAGUCGGUAAUAGAAUUAUUAAUGGGAUGCGCUGAUCAGUAAGGGACCGGAAGAACAGUGAAAUAUGAAGCUAAAGAGAAGUUAGGUGAAGAACGGAGAAACACUGAGAAGAAUGUGAGGAGCUGUAACGAAUAAGGUCGGAUUUGUGGCGUUUUUCAAAGUGUAUGAUAUAUAUGAUGUAUUGUUGUUAAUAUAAGGUGAACAGGAAUCAUGAAAAAUGUGUUUCGGAUGUUCGACAUGGCGAGUCCUGACCAUGAGAGACAAACCGUUUCAAUGAGUGGAGAGAAGUCAACCAAAGGCACCAAUAAUUAAUACAUAGACGGAGAUAACUGGAAGGAUUUUAUCAGGCAGUUGGUUAUGAUCCGGUUAAGGAGAUUGAACUGGACUGAAUUGGUAUGUGUUAUACCUUUUUUAAGCGUUAAAUAUGUUUCUAGUUAAUGGUACAAACAACAGUUCAGAGCAAUAAUGAUUUCUCUUUGAAUAAGAAACAAUGAAUUCGUCGAAUGAUUGUGCUGUAUUUCCCUUAAAAAAUCGAUUUUUGAGAUAUGAUCAACGUCAGUUAUGGAAAGGCGCUAUUUACCGGAGGUCUGAAACACAAACAAGACAAUGAGCAUUUGACGUCACUGAAUUUGUGCUGAGAUAACAGUUUCGAAAAUCAAUUUUCCCUCGCAACCUAAUGGACCGCAGGGAUGAGUUUAGGUACUAGUUAGGAUACUAAUUGUUUACGUCCGAAAAAAGCAUUGAUAGAGAUUAUAGUAAAUUAAUCACACGCUUUUGAGCAUGUUUUAGUUCUUUGAAGGAACGAGUUCCAGCGCCGAAUGGGUUAGUGAUUAUUGUGCUAGAACGCAAGUGUUAGAUUUACUUACUGCUUUUAAUUUAUAACUAGGUAACUCGUAAGAUUGACACAAUAAAUAAAAUUCCACAACAACUCACGAACAGUAUGUUACGACAGUGUCAGUUUAUCAAGCUCGGCAUCGCUUUACCCAGCUCUAUAUAUCUAAUAAUACUGAGUGUAGUGUUAGCUUCGUCAUAAACCAACGACGCUGCAUGAUUUCCGCGAGUGUUAAUUUUGUUAAGAGAGCACAGGUGCCGCAUACACAGACUACGAUCCUUCAAGAAGUACCCUGACAGCGCAUGUAAAAUGAUAGUUGAAAUUGUGGGGGGGGGGGGGGGAACUUACGUUAAUAACGCCCACCGUAGAAAAGCUGCAAGCAAACAAUACAGACGUGACGAGCUGUAAGUUGGCUACUAUAGUUAGUUCAAAGUGAUAUCGAAUUCACCAGUGAGAAACGAGCGGCGAGGUCAAGAACUAACAGUAAUGAUCAUGAUACUAAAAGGAUGGAUUUUACUGCUUAGGCUUUAAUACCGCUGCUUCUACUAUUAAUAAUCUUUUGAUUAUUUUAGGUUGGACGACAUUCAUUAAAGCUGGCCAGAUUGAAGAAGUGUCGAAUAGACGUCAAUUGAUAAGUAAAUAAACCAAUGAAAAAUACAUAGAUAAGUGAAUAAAAUAAAGUUG